UCCUUUUGAGGGAGAAAUGCUAAAAGUUUAUAAUAGGGUUGUAAAUGUGAAUUUUAUAGUUUAUUAUGGUUAUUAUUUGAUGUAAUUUCCAUUGGAUCAUAAAAUCAAAUCACUACUUUUUGCAAACCGGGGUAUAAGUACACCUGUCUACAAUACUUAACAUCGAAAUUUAUUGAAGCGAAGACUUUAAACUUCACGUUUACUUUAUAUUUAGAAAAUGACAAAUAUUUGCUGUUUACUUAUACAUUUUAAGUACUCAAUAUGCACAUUUUGUAUUUAUGCUAAUGGAAUAAAAUACACUUGAAUGUUGAUAUGUGGAUGGUGAAAUGUGUGUUACUUACUUUAAGCUUCGGACAUAAAACACAAAGUUGAUGGAGAUUUACACAUACAAAUAUAUCUUAAGAUUAAAUGGUUAAUCUUGUUCGAUCGUUGACAUAUUUGCCAUUAGGAAUAUUUGUUCUUUUUUCUCUUCAUAUACCGUAUAAGCAAAACACAUGUGGAUUAUAAUGAGCAUGUAUGCUCGUUUGUGCUUGCAAGUUUGAUUGAUAAUUCAAAAUAAAUUGAUAUUGUUGGCUAUCAUGUGCUCCUUCCGUAACAGAUGGUGGCAAAGAAAAUUAAAUGAAGAUAGUUUGAAUCUUGAACAAUAGGGAGAAAAUACAAGUUAUUUGGUGUAAAACUAGGAUCAUGUGUUCAUUAAACUAAACUUUGAGCAUGUCAGUCGACAGAAGAUCAUUCAAAAAUACUCGAAAACUGAGUCUAGCUUCUCAGAAUUCAAUUGAAUUAGACGCAACAAAGCUAUUGGAACUUAUAACUGCAGACGACACGAACGGAAAUGACGCACCGGAAAUAAGAAUAACGCGAAAGUCGUUAUCAAAAAUUUCAAAAGAUCUCAAUUUAACUGAAGAAGAACUAGACAUAAUUUUCGCAGCUCUAGACAGUGACGAAGAUGGAUAUAUUUCAUCGUCAGAGUUGCGUCAGAAAGCGCAGAGGAGAAAUCAGCUUGUGUUUGAAAGAUGUCCGAGUGAAGUGGAUGCUUUAUCAGAGCUUGGUGAUGAGCUUUCUAGGCUGGACUCUUACUGUCAAGAGCAGGUGUGUGAAUUAUACCAACAACUGCAUCAUGCUGGUAACCCUGAGCUACUAGAGACUUAUGAAUCUGUCAUACUAGGUAUCCUUAAAGAUCUCAGGCAACAACAGGUGGAAAAUGACAGGCUUGAAAAAUCAUUUAAAAGAGAGAAAGAACAACAUGAUCGACAUAUGCGUCAGAUGGAGGAGGAGAUGGAGUUACAAGUUCAACGAGUGGAGGAGAGAGUCAGAAAACGUGAGGAAGAAAAGAAGGAAGGAGAGAAAGCAGAAAUGAGGGGGAAGGUACAAGAGGAGAUAAACAUGCUACAACAAAACUUAAAACGCUUACAACAGGACGGACCAGAGGCUAAGAACAAAGAAAUAGAAGAACAAUUAUUACAUUUAAAGGGUAAGGUUGAGGAAAUGACAUUUGCAAAUAGACAAUUAAAAAGUGAAUUGACAGAUACCCAGACAAACCUGGCACUUGUUAAAAGCGAGUUUGCUUCCGUGAAACAGCAGCUGAAUGAGAAGAUUCAUGAAUUAAAUAUGGAAAAAGAAUCUAAUAGUGAUUACCAGAGAGAACAAGAAAAUUUAACCAGACAGUUGCACCUUUUACAUGACGCUAACAAACGCCUUCACGAUACUAACGAUGAUCUCCGUGAAGCGGUUGAAGUUGCUCGCCGGGCUUCUCCCAUACGUCAGCAAUCUUUAACAGGGUUAUCAACCUUAUCAUGGUUUCGAAGAGAAAAUAGCAGUCAGCGUACGUGUAAGAGUUUGUCUAAUACAAGUACAGUUGGUACCACACUUCCAGAUUACAGACGGGGUUCUCUAAUGAGUGAAUAUUUUCAAAGUACUCCUUUAAUCCGUUCACGGAUGGGAUCACAGUCGUCUUUAGUAGAGGAGCCACAAACAUCGUCUGUAGUAACAGUACAGAAUCUCGCUAGACAUUCAUCUAGAGUUGUUCCUUCAAAAUUACCGCAUCAAGAUACUUGUGAAUCGGAUGGAGGUAUUCUAGAAGAUAUAGACAGUGGUCACUCGACUUUAAGAGAUGGGAACGAAAACGAUCUUGACAGAGAAGCAUUUCUAAACGAUGCGGAAACCAUGCACAGAUUGAUGGCUGACAAACGUCAUAGACGGAACAGAUCUAACAGAGAUCUACCCAUGCUCGAGGACAUAGAUUCUAACGACGAGUUGGAUACAGAAUCAGAAAUGGGUCCGAUGGAUUGUGUAGAUGCUAAACUAUAUCGUAAUGUUGUCGACAGACGAAUAGGUUCAGGCAGCAGUAGGUCAUCUUCCACUAGAAGUUCAAGAUCUCGAGACAGCUUUAAUAGAAGACAAAGUACUUUAACUCAAGAUACCACACCAAAGGUGAACAAAGACCCAGAAAGAAUGUUUAAAGUUGUUUUGGCAGGGGAUGCUGCUGUCGGAAAAUCUAGUCUCAUUAUGAGGCUUUGCAAGGGGAAAUUCGUAGAAAAUUUAAGUUCAACGUUAGGCGUUGAUUUCCAGACAAAAAUGAUAGAACUAGAUGGUCGCACGGUUGCUCUUCAGCUCUGGGAUACAGCCGGACAAGAACGAUUUCGCAGUAUAGCUAAAUCUUACUUUAGAAGAGCAGAUGGUGUUUUGCUUUUAUAUGAUUGUACCUAUGAACGUUCAUUCACGAGUAUCAGAGAAUGGAUGGACUCCAUCGAGUCUUCUCAGGAUGGAUCAAUCAAGAAGUUACCUAUAAUGCUUUGCGGCAAUAAAACAGACAUGCGCACUGAAGCGGAGCGUCUUGGUAGGACUGUAGUCUCAUACGAUGAUGGGCAACGAUUAGCGAGAGAAUAUAGUGCAUUGUUCAUCGAGACAAGUGCGAAGGAUGGCUCCAAUGUUACUGAUUCCGUUGUGGAACUUACAAGAUUGAUGCGAGCAAAUGAAGAUCUCGAGGUAAAAGAAAGCGGGUUACAGCUUCAUGACAAAACUUUAAGUAAAGGCAAAGGAUGUUGUGGAUAGAUACUUGAAAUCAUCUUUUGAUUCUGUUAAGCAAUAUAAGACAUUUUUUUUACUUCAAUUCCUCUACACGUCGUAUCUUGUUUAUAUCAAAGAUUUUUAAAGCACCAAAGGCACAGGUUUGUUUUAAUUAGGUAUCUAACAUAAACAUUGACAGUCUUGCAAAACAAAUAUGGAAACAGUUCUCGAAAAUAUGUAGUUAUUCAUAUUGAAGGAUGCGAGUAUUUUAACAUUGUAAUUAUUUACUUGGCUAAGAAUGAUAUCCUCAAGGAAAACUUUACUCUAAAUACAUCAUAGUCCAUAUUUAUAACAAGUUAUUUCCCUUUGGUGCCUGAAUUGCUUUUUCUGAAGUUUUUCUGUUGUUAGAUUGAAGAAACAUAGACUUGUUUGACUUUCGUCAUUUCUCAGUGUAAAUAUCUUUAUAAUGGAACUUAGGGUAUCUCUAAAUUAUUUUUUAUAAUUAUAUAUUUGUCACAAUUUGAACUCGUUAUUGUUUUUUACUCUUUGAGUUCUUUGCAUAUAACCCAAGUUUACAAUAUUCUUUCCGGGGAGAAAUUUUUGUUGAAAGAGAGUUAGUAGGAACAAAGUUUAUCUUUAACAUGUAUGAAUUUUUUAAACAGAUGCAGAUAUUCAAUCAGCUUAAAGCCUGUCACUCAAUUUAAGUUAAUGAAGGUGUCAUUGAUAAAUGACAAUGGCAGGGAAAAUUAGAACAUUCAGAUUGGUGUUUUGACUUUAACUUUUUUGACACAAGGACUGCCCUGUCUCGCACAAGAUUUUUUUUGUGAUUUUAUCUUGUUAAUGUAUGAUAGUUGUGUAAUUGUUUGAUGUAUUCGGAUCUUCAUAUUGUUUCCUUUUCAUAUUGAACAGGUGAUAAAUUUGUAGAAAGAAAGCACUGACAUUUAUUGGUAAUUUAUUCCUAAUGUAUAUUGAAUGUUCAAACUUUCAAAAGUUAUUUAUAUUUUGGGGCUAAAUUUAAUUUUGAAUUAUUUUAUGAUUUUUUUCCAAAGGAGUGUACAAUUUAAUUAUUCAUUGUAAGUUUCAUAUAAUAAUCAAUAAUGAUCCAUUGUAUUGCCAUGGUUACGCGCACCUAAUAUUCUAGUCCUUACAUUUUUUGUACACCUCUGCUGCUACAUAUUUAUUUGUGUGUUUGUUUUUUGUUGUUGUUACUGUUUUUAGAAACAUAUAUUUGAUGAAAAUAAUGUUUUGACAAAACAAUUACAUGUAUCUGAAUAAAUACAAGUUGAAUUGUAGCCUUCGGAAAGAUUAUAACAUAUACUUAUGUAAACAACUUAUGUUUUGUCUGACAGCUAAAUGUUUGCUUUAUAUUACAUUAUAAACUGUAAUAUUGUGGUCAAUUUAAAUUUUCUUCAUAAUUUAGACAAUAGAUAAACUUAUAGAUAUCUUUCUUUUAGAAAUAUAGUUAUGUUUUGCAUAUUAUUUACUAUUUUUAAUUUAUUAUGUAUACGUCCUUAGACAAUCUUUGUAUAUAUACACUAACUAUAUGAUUAUUAUAUUGUUCGUUGUAAAAACAGUAGUUAAAAUUAACCUAGAUUGUUGUUUCUCUACUUUCCAAUACGUGUAUCCCUUCUACUAUUUCAACUUUUGUUGUGAGCGCUUCUUCUUAAAUCAUUCAACGUUGUUACGUUAUGUUUAUGUUUUAAUUGUUACGUUUGCAGUCCGUUGUUUUUGUAAUGUUAUCAUUUACCUUUAAACUGCUGAAUUUCUUUAAUGAACUUGACGAGUGUCCAUUUUUGGAACUGUCCAUCAUCAAUUUUGUGGAUAUCAAGAUGAAAAUUUGAAGUUGGUCAGCCAACAGAACCAAGUCAGGUUGCAUAGAGGCUUUUCAGAUUCAGUUUCAAUUUGGAAAGGGUUUAUUGCUUGACCAUAAUGUCGUAACGAUUGCCUUUUUUCUAGAAGUUUUUCGGUUUUGAAAGUUUCUUCUUGAAGUUAAGGUUAUUGUGGUAUGAAAACUACCGAAAAGAAAAGCAAUUGACUUUUACUCUUGAGACAUGCCGUUUUUAAGAAAAGGGAAAGUUUUAACCUUUCAAAUACCAUAAUGUUAUUAUGUACGAGUAUUUGAGGCACAAUUUAUAUAGAAUUUUUAACAUACAAGUAAUAGUGGUUAUUUUCUUAUCCUGCGGUUUUUGGUGUAUAACCUUUACAUGUAUGCACCAAAGCCAAUCACAAACUGUUGUUUAUUGCCAAAUUUUGAGUAUUUACAAUGGAUAGAGGACUUAUUCAUGUAAAAACUAGAAAGAAAUCAACAUUUAACAAAAUAUCUUUUCUUACAUCAUCUUAUCUGCUCAUUGUCGUUAUGUUUUAUUGAUACUUCAUUUGCAUAAAAAAUAAUGUCAAUACAAGGCUGAUAUUAAUGUUUAAAUGUAUCUUGUAUUCGUUCACUGAUUAUUUUGAACAUCAGUUUUUUAUUGAGUUUCUCUUUGCUUAAUCCUUAAUCAUGUUGAAUUUAUAGACUUAAAAACUUCCGGUUUUUGGAACAGUCCAUUAUAAGUUCUGAUGGUAUCAAAAUUAAAAUUUGAAGUGUUUCAGCAAACUGUAUAAGGCUUUGUCAGGCUACACUGGUUUGUAUUCUUACCUGCCUCUAUAUUGGUGGUAGAUGUUUAACUUUGGAGCAGUAUAAAGGUUCACUUACAUGAUCCAUGUAAUAUGAAAAGUUUAUUAUUUUCCUUAAAUGUUUGAAAUCUAAUAGUUAAUCAGUGACCAGAUUAAAGAUGUUUAAAGCUUAUUAUACAAUUAACACAUUGAGAUGCUUAUAUAUGAUAGUUCUUUUUAUUUUUAUUUUAAUGUAUUCUUAUUUAUUAUCUUUCCCUAUUAAACAUACAGGUUUUUACUAAUUUAUUUCAUAUUGUAUGUAAGUUGUUUCCAUUUAAGUGUUAAACAUUUGUUGUUGUUACUGUUGUUGUUCCAUUUAUGUGUUAUUAUCUGUUCCUUUGUUUCAUGUUAUAUGAUUUUGUUCUUUUUGCCGUUUCAUUACAAGGGUAUAAAUGUUCUAUUCCCUGAUUCCUAUAACACUAAUGUGAGUUUGUUUUCGCAGUUUCAAAAUUAAAGUUACAUUUGUAAGUCACUGUUUUAUUGUAAAGUCAUGUGUGUUUUGUUCGCUGUUUUAUUGUAAAGUUAUAUUUGUUAUAAGAAAAUUGUAAAAAUUAUAUGUAUUUUCUCUGUUAAAAGGUUAUGUUACAUGUGAAUAUAUGACUUCAAUGUAAAAAUAUCUAUGAGUUGUUCACUGUUACAGCAUUGUUUACUGUUUUGUUGUAUAGAUAUAUUUGUUUGUUUUUGUUGUUUUGUUGUAAAGUGUUAUGUUCUGUUUCGCCGUUGAAUUGUAAAACUGGUUGUCUCAUUGUAAAGUUACAUAAGUUAUUUGCUAUUUUAUUGCUUAAGUGUAUAAAGCUUCUAUCUACUGUCUUUAGUUCACAAAAUUGUUGUUUUAUUUUUGAAUCCAAAAUACCUGUGUAAAAGAAAUAUGUUGGAUUUUAUCUGUAAGAGCGAAUGAUGCAUGCACGAAAUCGCAAAUAUAAGUAUAAUAUUUUGUUCGGAAUAUUUUAUUCUGUUUACAUAUAAUGUUCAUGUGUGUUAAUUACCGGAGACAUUUAAUACGUUUCAACUGGUCCAAAAAUAUUAACCUUAUGAUUAUGGAAACAACGUAAUUUUGCUGUAAAAUAUUUCAUGAGCUAGGCCUUGGACCAUUUAAGUUGUAUGCAAGAAUUCCUUUGAUCUGUUUUCAUUGAAGAAUAUAAUUUAGUUCAUUUUGUCGUUCAUUGUAAAUUUGUAAAAUAUACGUGUUGUUUUCGCAGUUUCAUUGUAAAGAUGUAUGUGUUAUUCGCUGUUUCUCUAUACAACUAUAUUGUUUCUGUUAUGGUUGCCAUGAUAUAUUUCUGUUGUAUAUAUUGUUUUGUUUAACUUCAAUUACAAGUGUAAAUGAAUUUAUUUUUCAACCCUGUCACUUGCUUUAGGAUCGGUUGCAAUAAAGAAUAAAACAUA